GGACGGAAGAGCUCAGCUUACAAACCCAGCCCAGUCUAGGGAAGCUUGAGGUUUAGCUGCUUAUACUUCAGGAAAGGCUGAACUCAAUUAUCACAAUGUUUGAAGCAUGACCUGAAGGGAUUCAGUAAUUAUCAAGUCAAAGUAAACCCAGUAAAAGAUUGCUACCACUGAAAAUAGGAAACUUCUGAAGAUAUAACAACUACACAGAGGGAACAUGUCAUUUAGCACCUUCUUUUGAUCACCACUUGAAGGCAGAAGUCGAACUGUAACAAUGGCAACUACUUCAGCAGGGGGCUUGCCUUGCUCCUCCCAUAGGAUGCAUUUUGUGACUAAUCACAGCGACCAAGCCCCACAGAACUUCUCAGGAGCAGCAAAUGGUACUAAGUGUCACAUGGAGGAACAAUUACUAUCUACUUUGUUAACAAUAUUCUACUCUGUCAUUUUCAUCGUGGGACUGGUUGGAAACAUAAUUGCCCUCUAUGUAUUUCUGGGCAUCCACCGCAAGAGAAAUUCCAUUCAAAUUUACCUACUUAACGUAGCCAUUGCAGACCUUCUGCUCAUUUUCUGUCUUCCUUUCCGAAUAAUGUAUCACAUUAACCAAAAUAAGUGGACAUUAGGUGUGAUUCUCUGCAAGGUUGUAGGAACACUAUUUUAUAUGAAUAUGUACAUCAGCAUUAUUUUGCUUGGAUUCAUCAGUUUGGAUCGUUACAUAAAAAUUAAUCGGUCUAUACAACAACGGAGGGCAAUAACAACCAAACAAAGUAUUUAUGUUUGCUGUAUAGUAUGGACAAUUGCUCUUGCUGGAUUUUUGACUAUGAUUAUUUUAACACUUAAGAAAGGUGGGCAUAAUUCCACAAUGUGUUUUCAUUACAGAGAUAAGCAUAAUGCAAAAGGAGAAGCAAUUUUUAACUUCAUUCUUGUGGCAAUGUUCUGGCUGAUUUUCCUACUGAUAAUCCUUUCAUAUAUUAAGAUUGGCAAAAAUUUACUGAGAAUUUCUAAAAAGAGGUCAAAAUUUCCUAAUUCUGGUAAAUAUGCCACUACAGCUCGAAAUUCCUUUAUUGUAUUACUCAUUUUUACUCUAUGCUUUGUCCCCUACCAUGGCUUUCGAUUCAUAUAUAUUUCUUCACAGCUAAAUGAAUCAUCUUGUUAUUGGAAAGAAAUCGUUCACACAACCAAUGAGAUUAUGCUGGCUCUUUCAUCUUUCAAUAGCUGCUUAGACCCAGUCAUGUAUUUUCUGAUGUCCAGUAAUAUUCGCAAAAUAAUGUGUCAACUUCUCUUUAGACGAUUCCAAGGUGAAGCAAGCAGAAGUGAAAGCACUUCAGAAUUUAAGCCAGGAUACUCCCUGCAUGAUACAUCUGCAGCAGCUAAACUGCAGUUUAACUCCAAAGGUACUUGAGGCACACAUUAAAGGGAUGACACAAUCUAAUCUCUUAAUUCCUUGAAUAUCAAAAAAAUUAUGGCAUAACGCUUUAGCAUUUAUAAAACAGACCUUCUCAAAGUUCUGUUCAUAUUUGUGAUAAUUUCAUUUGCUUAACUGCAAGAAAUUUCAAGGCAAAGAAAAGCUUACACUUAUCACUGAAUUUUAAACCUGCAUGUAAAAGCUUCUCAAAAUAUAUUGCUAAACUAGCACUCUUAACAUGGAUUAGGAAGUUAAGUGAAAUUCAUGGAAUUAACAACAAAAUGAUUAAAGGAAGUAUCAGUUUGUCCCAAACUACUAAAGUAAUUUCCAGAAUCAAGUACUUAAUAUUAAUUUAAAAUACAUUAACUAAUUUGGGGGCUUACUUCAAAUAUCCAAAAAUAUAUGUUGUGUCUUUUUAAAAGCCUGUAUAACUUGUCACUAUAUUCAUUUAUGCACAAAUCUAUAUUA